AGACGUGCUUCCGGGGUCGCGUUGCUAAGGCAACCAGUAUACAGAAAGUUUGUUGACUGUGGCGACCCCGAGCGUGUGUGUUCACGACUGGAGUGAACGGAAAGCGAUCCGUUGUGAUAAAAAACCCGCUUCAAAGCCACAGAAUAAACUGUAAGAAGGAAGGAAUGGACGCGAGUAGUUUGUUCAGUUCCCUGGAUCUGGUGUGUGGGAACGGCCUGAGCCUUAGCUCCGAGCAGCGCGCCGCCCUGCAGACCUCCAUGAUCAUCCUGAAGUCUCACUACAGAUUCAACCGAGUGCUGCUCUGGGGCAAGAUCCUGGGCAUCAAACAUGAUUACUUCAUCGCUCAGGGGGUCGGAGAAGACGAGAUAAAGGACAAGAAGUGCUUAUACAGUAUGAACUGCAUGGAUUGGCACCUGCUCCCGCAAGUCACCGAGGCCAUGGUGGCAAACGUGGCUGCAGUGGCUAAGGGGCGAUUUCUGGGCGACCCGUCGCACCAAUACGACCCCGCGGAGAUUCGGCGCCAGGGAGGAGGAGAUGCUGCUGUGGGGGAGAACGUCAUGAUGAAAGUGAGCGAGGAGAACAGGCUGGCUGCUACGGUGUUUACCAUCGAUAAAGAGGUGGCUGUUGUACCACGUGGCGCAUACAUUCGGAGCCCCCAUGGCAAUGUGCAGACGAACCCCAGCUUUCAGGGCCUGAACCCUACCGAGGCUGCAAAGCUGAACAACUACAUGCAUUUCUCCGAAGCCAAGACCCUGAAGAAGAAAUCCAUUUUGGAAAUGGCUGAUCUGAACCCUGCCAUUGACUUCCUGGAUGUUCUGAGCGACGAUGUGCUGAAAGGGUCAUGGAGUCUGCAGUUCGAGCAUGGUAGCAAAGUUUGCGUUAUCCGGAGUCUGCUGUGGUUCGGGCUCACCUUCUACCACGUACCCGGAACCUCUCAACAUGGCUACAUCUACAUGGGAGACGGCCUUAAGACCCUGGACCUGCCCUUCAUGCUGUAGCGGUGACCCCGAUUCCAAAAACAUUGGAACGUUGUGUAACAUGUAAAUUAAAAACAGAAUGUAAUAAU